CAAAUUAUUAGCACCUAAUAAGCACAGUGACAGAGGGACCCGAGGCUUUUUUUCGGGGGAUGACUGAAGCUAUCACCUUGCUAAUCCUUGCUGUCCAAACUGGCCUCAUUGAGCUGCAGGUCAUCCACAGAGCCUUCCUCCUCUCUAUCGUCCUCUUUAUUGUUGCUGCUUCCAUCCUGCAGUCCAUGCUGGAGAUAGCUGAUCCUAUAGUCCUAGCCCUGGGAGCAUCUAGAGGAGUUUGUGGAAGCACUUCCGUGCAGUUUCUCUCUGUCUCUUCCUGCUGAUCUUUCCAGCGUACAUGGCUUAUAUGAUCUGCCAGUUCUUCCACAUGGACUUCUGGCUUCUCAUCAUCAUCUCCUCCUCAAUCCUCACCUCUCUCCAGGUUGCGGUGUGCGUGGUGUGCUAUGGUGUAUCAGAGACUGUAUUUGGCGAGUGGAGUGUGAUGGGAAGCACCAUCAUCUUGGUCCACUCGUACUAUAACGUCUGGCUCAGAGCCCAGCUGGGCUGGCAGAGCUUCCUGCUCAGGAGAGAUGCUGUACACAAGAUAAAAAGCCUCCCUACAGCUAGCAAUACACAGCUGGAGCAGUAUAAUGACAUCUGUGCUAUCUGCUUCCAGCAGAUGAAGCACGGCGAGGAAGAAAUAUGCUUUGAAACGAGUGUGAAAGACUGAUAACUUUAGGAUGCCAAGUCCUGAUGCACACUUAUAUGUAGACCUUGCUGCCACUCUGACCACAGAACGUGUUUGUCCCCAGUGUGCUAUAACCUUGCAACCA